AUGGAAAACAGACCAGAUGGCUUUGGUAACCUCCGCCGAGUAAUGGAGGAGUCUCCACCACCUCCCGUAUCUCGUUCGGCAGGUGGCAGAGCUAGCAACGACGUCUCAAGCCGCACUUCCAGGAUGUUCCAGUUUGUGUCGUGGCUCAAAGGCAUACCAAACCUAAAAUCAACGCUCCAGCGGCCUUUUAACGAAUGCCGCGAUGCCGUCACCUCGAAAAUGAACGAACUUGGUGUGUCUUGGAAGGAUGAAGGGCGGGGAUACACGAUUUGCGAGUACGGGCAACGAGGAACCCUGGAUUAUGUAGAGUUCAGUAUCCAAUGGGUUACCAAUGGUGCAAGCUCUCCUUCUCUUCCUGGUGCGGAAAUGUGGUACACCAAGAUCUAUAUCAAUAAAGUGUCAGGAAGCGGGCAGGCAUUUCGCGAUAUUGGGAAGCAGGUUCUCAAUGCUGCAAAAUACACGAUUCAGGGCGGAGUACGCCAUGACUUUUCAAUUACAACUUGGGGUUUGUUUUAG